AUGCAUUGUGAGAGGUUUAUAUGUAUCCUGAGAAUAAUUGGAACCACACUCUUUGGAGUCUCUCUUCUCCUUGGAAUCACAGCUGCUUAUAUUGUUGGCUACCAGUUUAUCCAAACGGAUAAUUACUAUUUCUCUUUUGGACUGUAUGGUGCCUUUUUAGCAUCACACCUCAUCAUCCAAAGCCUUUUUGCCUUUUUGGAGCACCGGAAAAUGAAAAAAUCUCUAGAAACCCCCAUUAAGUUGAACAAAACUGUUGCUCUUUGCAUCGCUGCAUAUCAAGAAGACCCAGACUACUUACGGAAAUGUUUGCAAUCUGUGAAAAGGCUCACCUACCCCGGGAUUAAGGUUGUCAUGGUCAUAGAUGGGAACUCCGAUGAUGACCUUUAUAUGAUGGACAUCUUCAGUGAAGUCAUGGGCAGGGACAAGUCAGCCACUUACAUCUGGAAGAACAACUUCCAUGUGAAGGGUCCUGGUGAGACGGAGGAGUCACAUAAAGAGAGCUCACAGCAUGUGACGCAGUUGGUCUUGUCCAAUAAAAGCGUGUGCAUCAUGCAGAAGUGGGGUGGAAAACGAGAAGUCAUGUACACAGCCUUCAGAGCCCUGGGACGAAGUGUGGAUUAUGUGCAGGUGUGUGAUUCAGACACCAUGCUUGACCCUGCCUCAUCCGUGGAGAUGGUAAAGGUUCUAGAAGAAGACCCCAUGGUUGGAGGUGUUGGGGGAGACGUCCAGAUUUUAAACAAGUAUGAUUCCUGGAUCUCUUUCCUCAGCAGUGUGAGGUACUGGAUGGCGUUUAACAUAGAGAGAGCCUGUCAGUCCUAUUUUGGAUGUGUCCAGUGCAUUAGUGGACCCCUGGGAAUGUACAGAAACUCCCUACUGCAUGAGUUUGUGGAAGACUGGUACAACCAGGAAUUUAUGGGCAACCAGUGUAGUUUUGGUGAUGACAGGCACCUCACGAACCGGGUGCUGAGUAUGGGCUAUGCCACAAAAUACACAGCUCGAUCCAAGUGCCUUACUGAAACACCAAUUGAAUAUCUCAGAUGGUUGAACCAGCAGACCCGCUGGAGCAAGUCUUACUUCCGAGAGUGGCUGUACAAUGCGAUGUGGUUCCACAAGCACCACCUGUGGAUGACAUAUGAGGCAGUCAUCACUGGAUUCUUCCCUUUCUUUCUCAUUGCCACCGUCAUCCAGCUCUUCUACAGGGGUAAAAUUUGGAACAUCCUCCUCUUCCUGUUGACUGUCCAGCUUGUAGGUCUCAUCAAAUCGUCUUUUGCCAGCUGCCUUAGAGGAAACGUUGUCAUGGUCUUUAUGUCUCUCUACUCAGUGUUGUACAUGUCAAGUUUACUUCCUGCCAAGAUGUUUGCAAUUGCAACAAUAAACAAAGCUGGGUGGGGCACGUCCGGAAGGAAAACCAUUGUUGUCAACUUCAUAGGACUCAUCCCAGUGUCGGUUUGGUUUACAAUUCUCCUGGGUGGUGUGAUUUUCACCAUUUACAAGGAAUCUAAAAAGCCAUUUUCUGAAUCCAAGCAGACAGUUUUGAUUGUUGGAACUCUGCUCUACGCAUGCUAUUGGGUCAUGCUGUUGACGCUGUAUGUGGUCCUCAUCAACAAGUGCGGCAGGCGGAAGAAGGGGCAACAGUAUGACAUGGUGCUGGACGUAUGACCACGCCUGCUUUGGUACUUGCAAGCACACUCACCUGAUUUCCGCUAGUGGAGGUACAGUCUGUGGCAACAGGUAGUACCAUCAAGAAGACAUAUCACGCUGCUGGAACUCCAACACAGACAUUUCUGGGUUUAUUUUGAUUCUGCCAAAGUAAAAUAGUUCAUCAAUAAGAAGACCCUCUGAUGUAACCUGUCAUGUCCAUGAAAAUGGAAUGGAUUCUUUGGUAUGCACUUUGUCCCGUAUUGUGCAUCGCCUGACAGUGUUGGUCCCUAUAUACCUCACUCGCCAUGCUUUCUGUGGGUUAUCAUGGAAGAAAUUGAUUCUGGAAACUCAAGGAAAGGUUCUUUCAGCCUAUACAACCUAACUUAUGGAUUGUUUGAUAGCUAAUUUUUUGGAUUUUCUUUUUUAAUUAUACCAAAUGAAAUGCCAAAGGAAUCUUAAAGGCUGUUGGCUGUGCUAUAUUUUGAUAUAAUUUUACUGUGUUUUAAAAUUUUGUAUGCCAAUUUUUAAAACAAAUUUUACAUAUUCUAUAUUUUACUUUUCUGCCAAAAUACACCUAUUCUUCCUUUUUUUAAUGAAAUAGGUUCUGAAAAAAGUCCGUACCUAAAACAAUACCUGCCCAAAAUGUGAAGCUUGGUUGACUGAUUUUUAUGAUAGAAUAAAAUGGUUUUGUCUUUUUACCUUUUCAAAUUGAAUAGUUUAUUUCUGUGAAAAUGUUUUAAAACUUUCAAUAUUAUAACUAUAUUUUCAUUUCUUUUGGAAAAGGCCAAUAUAUCUGUCACACUUUGUCAGUAAAUAUACAUAUUUUCUUGUGUACAAAAAGAACUCAUUCAAAAUUAAGGCCAAAAGGGUAGAAAAGUGCAAUUUUUUCUUGCAGAUUUUUAAAAGGGAGGCUAGUCAUUGAAAGAAAACACUAGUUAUCCAGCACUGGAUAAAACCUGAGCACCAAGGGUGAAUAAUCUUUAGAAAUUCUGGCAGGUUUUCCCAGGCCAAGUCAAAUGGGAAGUAGAAAAUUCUUCUGUAUAAUUUGGAUAAAUGCAACACAGUACUAUGUAUACAUGUGUUUCACCUAUUUCUUCUGCUUGCUAAUUCCAUAUUACAUGUUAGUAUGAUGUUUACGUGGGUGAAUUGGACACAUUCUAAUAAGUAUAAAGCAUACAGAUUCAAAAUUGACAGAUUGAAGUUUCUUGACCCUCCAAGGAGGUUUCUUCUAAACUGUACAGAUAAUGGCUUCAUUUCUUCUGUUUUGGCAUCCAUAAAAAUGUCUAUGUAGUAGAAAUAAUAUUAUGGUUUAAUAAAUAAAUCAAGAAUUGGCACAUACACAACUGAUAAACCAGGUACUCUAAACUUGACUAAUCCAGUUACUAUGGAGCCUCAGUGAUUCAGUUUGACCUUUUACAUGGUCGAUCUCACCUUGCAGCUGGUGCUGUGUAGACCUGUGUUAAAACAUAAAUCAGAACACACAGAUAGUUGAAAAGAAUACUGUGGUGAAGCAGACACAUGAACAUACACUUUCUGCUUUUAUGCUUCCUUUUCUGCAGGCAAUUACAUUAUUUUCUAAGAAAAAGCUGCACAUUCUACCUUCUGAGAACGAAAAGGUACAUUCACAUCUGACACUCGUACUGAUUCAAGAGCUUGUGGGAAACAAAUGCACCAUGCCAAUAAAUGAGACUAAAACUUGAGUUUGCCUUUUUAACUAUUUAUGUUCUAAGUUAAGCUUUUAUAACAUUCAAAUGUCAAAUUUUCUCAUUCUUAUAAAAAUUGAAUUAAUUGCCUGUAUUUAUUUUAGCAAUUAUUCAAUGUAUUUCCAGUAUAGGAUGUAUAGUAUAAUUGAUUUUUUGUAAAUAAAAUAUUUUUGAUAAGAUUAUUGCUGUCUUUUUUUAGG